GGCACCGCCCGCACCAUGCGCUCCGCCGCCAAACUCAGCCGCAUCCUCCUCCUCCUCCUCCUUCUGCCGCCGCCGCCCGCCGACGCCUACUUCGGCUUGACCGGCAAAGAAGCUCUGACCCAUUUCCCCUCCCUGGGGGUGCCGGGGGGCUCUGCCCCGGGCAGGGGGCACGUCAAGCAGUGCGAGCUGCUGCAGCUUUCCCGCAAGCAGAAGCGGCUGUGCCGGAGGGAGCCGGGGCUGGCAGAGACGCUGCGCGACGCCGUCCGCCUGGGCAUCCUCGAGUGCCAGUUCCAGUUCCGCAGCGAGCGCUGGAACUGCAGCCUGGAGGGMCGGCCCAGCCUGCUCAAGAGAGGUUUUAAGGAGACUGCCUUCCUGUACGCCGUGUCCUCGGCCGCYCUGACGCACUCCCUGGCGCGGGCGUGCAGCGCGGGGCGCAUGGAGCGCUGCACCUGCGACGACUCGCCGGGGCUGGAGAACCGCAAGGCYUGGCAGUGGGGCGUCUGUGGUGACAACCUCAAGUACAGCACCAAGUUCCUGAAGAAAUUCCUGGGCCAGAAGAGGAUCGGCAAAGACCUGCGGGCCAAGGUGGACAUCCACAACACCAAUGUGGGCAUCAAGGCAGUGAAGAACGGCCUCAAAACCACGUGCAAGUGCCAYGGCGUGUCGGGCUCAUGYGCYGUGAGGACGUGCUGGAAGCAGCUCUCRCCCUUCCACGAGAUCGGGCGGCUCCUGAAGCUGCGCUACGACGACGCUGUCAAGGUCUUCAGCACCAGCAACGAYGCCGUGGGUCACUCGGAGCUGGCUGGGCCACACCGGCACGGCCACUCGCCCAAGCAGCCCGCCCUGCCCCGCCCCACGGACCUGGUGUACGUGGAGGACUCGCCCAGCUUCUGCCGGCCCAGCAAAUACUCGCUGGGCACGGCGGGCAGGACCUGCUCCCGCGAGGGCAACUGCGACAGCAUGUGCUGCGGGCGAGGCUACAACACCCAGAGCCGCCUGGUCACCUUCUCGUGCCACUGCCAGGUGCAGUGGUGCUGCUACGUGGAGUGCCAGCAGUGCAUGCAGGAGGAGGUGGUCUACAGCUGCAAACAGUAGGGACGGCGCCCCAGGGGCGAGGCGGGUCCAAGGGAGCAGCGGGGGCACAGGGACAUGACUCUGCCACGGGUAGAGGGCAAAGGCCAGCACCAAACGCUGCUGGGCUACUCUAACCUCGGUGUCAAGAGCCUCCAGCCUGGGGAGAGCCCCUGCACGAGGGGGAAAAGCAGAGGC